AUGUUAUGGGGCCUUUUCUUCAUUCUAACUUUACAAGAUGAUUUGACUAAAUUCGCAUGGGUUGUCCCCAUGGUAAAUCAUGAAGACACUGUAGCACAUCAUUUUGUAACUCAAUUUGUGUGUUUACAUUGUCUCUUCCAAGGUCUUGUAACCAAUUAUGUUACUGAAUUUCUUAGUAACAUAUUCAAAGAUGUGUGUAAUCUGCUGAAAACUCGUCAGAUGUCAACCACACCCUAUCACCCACAGAGUAACGGUAGCCUUGAAAGGAGCCACCGUACUCUAUCAGUGUAUUUAAGGAACUUCAUUGAAAAAUAUCCACAAAAUUGGGAUACUCUGUUACCAUACCCAAUGUUUUGCCAUAAUUCCACAAUUCAUUCAGCUACAAAGUUUCAGUAAUACCACUUAGUCUAUGAACACCCAGUUGCCAUUCCCACUUAUUUGACAAAUGACCCAGAACCUCAAUAUAAUUAUAAUGAUUAUCAGUAUGAUAUAAAGAAACAGAUGCAAGAAUCUCAGGAAUUAGCAAGAAAAAAUUUGUUAGCAUAGAAGAUAAAGUUUUGAUGUUAGACAAGACAUCUAAGAACAAAUUAGCACAGAAAUGGUUUGGGCCAUUCAAAAUUGUAGACAUAUAUCCUAUACGGAAAAACUUUUUUGUAAAGAAAGGAGGGAAAAGACAGACUACUCAUCAAAACCUAUUAAAACCAUUUUUACAACAACCAUAGCGAAUCUAUAUUUCAGAAGAACCUUUUGCCAGUGUUGAUAACCAUACAGAGCAUUGGAGUACAGAUCUUUAAAAUUGAGAAUUUUAGCAGUCAUUAAGGACUGUACUAUCAGAAUAAAGGCCAGGUCAGAUUAUCCAACAUUAAUUGGAAUUUGGUAGCAUAUUUAGACCUUCAAAUACAAACCAUGGAACAUAAAUAGCUUAUGGAUCAAUACCACGCGACAUUACAAAUUCGCAAUAAUACAGACCACUCAUUAGAACUUUCGAGCGUGUGUAAGAUAUUUAUACCACAGUUCAAUCGGGUAACCUUACCUUACCUUUUCGAAAUCGAGUCCAAUUAUCGCAGUUUAAUGUCAGCAAUUAGCUAUUAGCCAAAUGAUCGGAAGCAACGUGGGCUGUCACAUGCUACCAAACGUAUGACCAACAUUUUGUACGGAUCAUGCUCAAAACUCGACGUCAGUUUCAUAGUGGACAAAAUCAUAGAGCUAGGACAAAGAAAACUAGAAGGUUUAAAUUUAGUGUCAGAACAUACGAGAAUCACAAAAGUGCAGUUCACAGAGAGAAAUUUUGCCGUAAAAUAAAUAGCUGAACGUCAAAACAAACUUAAGGAAAACCUCAAAUAUCUCCAAUACCAAAUAGCUGGAGAGGCCCAGAACAUCGACAAAGUGACAUUUAGGACGAAAUUAAAGGAUUUUUGUUUGAAAUGUUGCUCAACAAAUACGCAUUCGAAACUCAGAACCUGAUGUGAAUCUAUUGUGAAUGCAGCGUUAGACGGUAAAAUCCACACUAGCGUACUCUUGACAGAAAAUUUGAUAUCAGAAUUAAGGGAAAUCAAAAUUACUAUACCAAUAAAAUACAUUUUACCAAAAGAAAUUAACACAGAAUCUCUAGCAGUGUUUCUCAGAAUCUCGGAAAUAUCUAUUUUCAAAUCUGACAAUCAUUUAGUUUUCGUAAUUAGUAUUCCUUUAGUCACUAGUGAGGAAUACACUGUUUAUCACCCAAUUCCAAUACCGAUCAAGUAUGGUGUGAACGCAUUCGUACUGAUAUCGCCAGAAAUGGAACACUUAGCUGUAAUCUGAAAUAGAGAAAUUACGAAAGAUCAAUGCGAGGUAUGCACCGCCAUGAAGCAAGGCAGGCUUUGUAAAGAGAACCAUACUAUUUAUCAUCAAAUAGGAUCCAAUGUGUAUCGAUUACCACAAAUUAGUGACUGUAUUCAACCCUGGUUGAUGCAGGAAAUGUAAUCUGUUCAAAUCUUUCAGAAAAUUUGAGGUUUGAAGUAUCAGGGACCUGUAGGUUAACAAUACCUUCAACAUGUGAAAUUCAUGUUGAUAACAUUAUCUUCACCGCGAUACACAGAAAUGUACAGAACAUUCAGUUAGAUCUAAUACCGGAGGAUUUAAAAAACGAAACAUCCAAGUGGUUAACAGAAACUUUUAGAAACGUCAUUUUCCAAAACCUCACUUACCUGAAAUCCAUUAAGAAUCUUAACGAUUUAGUAUUCAGUGCUGUCCCAGUAGAUAGUGUCUCGUCCGUAAAGAACGUAAAUCAAGACGAUUUUAUAAUUUGCAUUGUUUUAAUUACAUUGGUAAUGUCAUUCAGAUUAACUAUAACCAUAUUAUUAUGACUUCUAAUAAUAUAUGUAAUAUUGUAAUUUGUGAAAUGUUUGAUUAACAUUGUAAUUUGUGUUCAAAGUUUUAUAAUUACUAUUUUUUUAUAUGUAUUCAAAUUUUUAGUUUUUUUUAUUCUAAAUGAAACACGGUGAUCAUAUAAACCCCUUAUCUCAUUUAGUGUGGGGGGUGUUAUGAACCCCGGUAUUUCAGUUAUGUUUAAGGACCAAUGGUUAGUAUUAAGAAUAUUGUGUAAAUGGUAGUUUAUAUAUAUAUUGUAUUAGUAAAAAAGAAUGUGCUGAGUUAAUCCUUUUUACCUAUCCGGCGGUUCGUACGACGUCAAGAAACUACGCACAACGGCAUUCGGGAUAUAGCAGAGCAUUCGGCCGAACCUCCGUAAAUCUAUUUUUUUUCUAUUUGUAAUAACGGUUGAUUUCUCUGAUUUAAAAUAUAGUAGUAAUAUUAUUCAAUAAUUCGUGAGUAUUCAUUUAAUUUAUUUAUUUGUUGUCGACUGUCAAAUCAGUCCAUAACAUGACUUAAAUAUAAUACUUUAAAUUAAUGUAUAUUUACUUUACAGACAAAUAUUAAUUAUUAUACAAUAAUUAAAAAUACUCUAUGCAUGAUUAAACUGCUACGAAAUUGCCCCAUUUGUAGUGAAGUAAUCAAAAAAAUCUUCUCUUAUUUUUUUAGCUAAUUAUUUAGAUCUGCGUGGAACAUUUUUAACGGGAUGUAAAGAGAUGUAGUAGAGGUUUUCUUAACACUGAAAAUAUGGCGGACAUUAUCCCAAAUAGGUUUUCCACUACUUUAAGCCUCUUCCCUUAAGAAUAUAAAAGAUAUAUUUUUGUUUUUCCUGGCAGGUUGGAAUGUGCAGCUAAAUUCUAGUUAUUUUUUUUUUGUUUUUUGAAUAAAUCACUAUUAUGCAAAAUUAAAGUACAAUGUAUUUUCCAUCCAUAGCAGUGUUAUGGACUCUGUCCUUCACGUGUUUCAAUUUAUUAAUUAUAAAUUAAUAAUUCCACGCGAAAAGAUAUGAAAUCGGUCGUCGCAUUAAGUGUAUGCACGUCAGGGCCAUUAAUACGGGUGUGGUAAACCGACGACCGUAAAUCAUAUAACAACGGAUGAUACGUGUUUAUGGGCCAAAGGGAAAACGUGUCCGGGUACGGAUGACGUGCCACCAGUAGACAAUGGUGGCAGCAUUUACCAUCACCUAGGCCCCGAUCGAGGCGACAAACAUAUAUAAGGAGACCGGGAUGAUCAACGUUUAUUGUUCUAUAGUAAAAAUAACCGGAUCGAGUGAUCUGACACCAAGGGUGAGAGUUGAGAAAAGGAAAAGAAACAAUAAAAUAAAAAUACGCAAUACGUUUGCGGUUGUGAUGAUACCUGUAGUUUAUCACGUGUACGGGAUCGCUCGAGACUCGCGUCGUAUAACGAUGAAAAACGCACACUGACUUACCGCCGACCUAUGCUGCCACUACGUGACCAGUUGCGCUACCCUUUUACCUGGAGACGUAAGCGUCGGGAUGCUGGGCAUAACAAACGCGUUACUACAAUACCCGACUUGGUGGCUAAUAAGAAAACUAACCGCGGGCUGCGGCAGCGCUCGUAAUAUGUACUUGCGGCUGUCGUACCCGUGUCAUGCUCCCCCUCCAAGCUACCAGUCGGGUAAUAUCUACUGAAAUGCCCAUCAGCGAGUCCGUAGGGCCACUGGCGGCUGGCUCGUGCACACCUUCAGACUAAGGGUGUGUUUGUUUUGUUCCGGGUUACCUACUGAUGUAGAGGUGACAACUACGGGAAGUCGAAAGUUCCUAGGGGCUCUCUGAUCACCCCCAGCACACGAUCAAGCCCCGAUGGCGCAAAAAUCACGUCGUCAUUCAUGUCCGGUGGGGACUGAGUACGCGUGCUCGUUUCCAUCACAAUGACGAACGGCUCUAGAGGAGCUCGACUCUCAGCGUCUUGUACGAGUUGGGCUGAUGCCCCUCGCUCAGACUCUGGUAGGUCUACCAUCAUAUUCUCAGCUUUGUGGCCAAUCAGUAGGCAGGUCAAACUGAUUGUCCGCAGUACUGUUAACUUUCGACGGCCGCCCUUGCUGCCACCUUUGCCUUGAGCUUGGUGAAUUUGACCUUUGUCUUUGCCCGCUGUCACCGUACUGCCUCCUCUUCUGCGUGUAACAGCUUGUUCGGCUCCUAACGGCUGACAACAACUGGAAGUUGCCUGUUCCUAAUUGAAAACAAUUUGGAAGGCAGUUUGGAGUCCCACGAACUAUGUUUACCAUCCACUAGCUUAACUCUCAGUCUUUUUUUUAGUUCUUGGUUCCAGCGCUCGAUUAGAUUCACCCGAGGAUAAUAAACCGAGGUCUUUCACCCUUUAAUUCCCCAACGGUUAAACAUUUGAACAUUUUAAAUAACAAAAUUCUAAAACAAAAAAAAAAACGCGAAAAGUUACAAAAUUGAAUUAAUAAAUAUAAUAGUGAUCAAACUUCAAUUAAUGACUAUGUAUCAACAAUAUGUUAUUAUUUGCCCUAAAUCCUUAUAUUGUAUACUUUUUACUAUUAUAUAUUUUUUUUAAUUUUAAAUUUUGUUUUAUUAAUUAUUCAUAUUAUAUGGCUGUAACGAAUUAAAUAUAAAUUAAAGAUUGUUAUUUGAAAUAAUUAAUUUUGUAAUAUUGUUUAGUUCUGCAAAAAUAUAGCUAUUCAUUUUUAAAAUUUUACCUGGGAACAGUUUACAUGUCACCUUUGUAUACUUCAUAAAAACUCGGGCGCAGUUAACAUAUCAUCUUUUUACACUUGAUAAGAACUCGGGCGCAGUUUACAUGUGUGAUUUUAUGUUUACCUGUACCUUGAGCACAGUUUACAAUCGCCACUUUGGAAACACCGCCCUCCCAUCAGUUUGAUUACCUGAUGGGUUCGCGGUCGAAAGUAACGACCCGAAGAAGCUGAUGAGUUCUUUCAUUAAUUAAUAUUUGAUAUCUUUAUUUUAUUCCUAUAAUAUUUUAAGUGUAUUUUUUAUGUUUUAUUAUAAGACUUAAUUAAAAAUCAAGGCUGAAAUAUUCUGUUAUUCUAUAUAUUAGAUUCUGAGUGGAUCAAAGAAACUUAUGAUUUUACAAAGAUGUUUAUAUUUUUUUCUGUGCAUAACCUAACUACCAGAGAAUUUGCUCUAAAUUUUACGUGUAGCAUCUUUUCUGAAAAAUAAUUGGCGUGAGAAAGUACUUUAAAGAGGUCAUAUUUCGAUUUUCCUAAGAGUUUUCCCAGCAAAUAUGAAAAAUCGGGAUACAACUUGGGAAAAUCGGCGCAACAUUAAAAAUAACUUUGACUAAAGAAAAUUAUAUAAAGCUUAUUUAAUUAUUUAACUAUAAAAUGACAUAUAUAUAUAUUGAUGAUAAAGUAUCACUAUCAACUGAACUCCGCUCAGAAUCGUUUUUUUCGUAAAAAAUGGUUUAUUGUUUCUAUUAGGUAUACAUUAAAUUAUUUAUAACAGUGGCUGCACCCGUCUCCAUGAUCCUAGGAUGUCUUUUUUUAAAUUUUAUAAUACCAUUGUAAGUGUCAUUUAUUUUAUACAUUUUAUUAAUUAGAGUUGUUAAUAUUUAUAUUUUUUGUUUUAUCUUUGUAAUAAAUAAAAUAUUAUUUUAUGAUGUUUUUAUCUUAAUAUUUAGUCCUUCAAUACGUACUUUGCAAAUUUCCAGGAUAAUUAGCGAUAUGAUUUAUUUGGACAUUUAAAGAAGGUAUUCCAAACUUGCGUACAAUCAUCUGUUGCAAGAAAGCGUAAUUUGACAGCUAAUCUUCCUUUAACCGGAAUCGCUCUACAAAAACAUUAUUUUUUAUUUAUGGUCACCCCAAAUUUAUAAAAAACUUAGUCUCCUAAUAAAAACGUUAAAGUUUUUAAAACCUUUUUAAAAAAGUUGUUAUUAAGUGAAGUUAAUGUUAGUUAAAUGUUCAAAUAAUAUUUUAAAAACGUUAAUGGCUACUUUUCUUUAAUAAUAAAACGUGUAUUAAUAUAUUUAAAACAAUAAUUAACAUUUUUAUAUAAUUAGUAUUAGUUUUCCAUACAGUUUUAUUAAUUAAUUUAUAUUGUUUCAAAUAUAUCUAAAGUAAUGCAAUUUCUUUCUGCUAAAUAUAAUUCAGUACUUUUAUCAUAUUUAUUUAUUUUAUUAUCUUAAAAUAAUAGGUACCUAUUUUGCAAAGUAUACUGGUAGUUUUAAUAAUACAUAUGUACCUGUAUAUAUAUAUUUACUUAAUUUUAGACCUCUUUAGGUGACAUUUAAUAUUGAUUGUUCCUAUAGCAACCACAAAUGUUUACUCUAUAUAAUAAAUUAAUAUAUAUCAAUAAAAUAGUAUGCAAAUUAAAACGUACUUAUUUCAUAUUGCUUUUCCUCGCAUUAUACACCACCUUAUAAAAAUAAUUAAUAUAUAAAUACAUUAGACUUUCUACAAUGUGGUCGGCAGUCAUAAUUUUGGCAGCAUUAUGCUUGGCCGUCGGAUGGCUGAUGGUGAAAAAGGACCGGUUGACCAAAGGCCUUACUGAGCCUACCAUCCGAAAAGUGGACUUUAACAAUUUAUCACUUUUGCAAAGGAUCAACAUUCUUACGAACAAGACGGCGGAACUCCAAAAAAGCGAUCUAAGCCCAUGCAAGGAUAAAUUAAAACUACUAAUGAACCGCAUGAAAAAAUUCGAAGUAAAUUGCCACAGCAGACCCGAUCUAUGUAUGAAAGACUAUAGGAUGCAGUGUAUGAAAACAAUUUUGUGGUACGACGAAACGGACGAGUAUAAAAAAAGGUACAUUUAAAUUUGGGUCUUGCUUACAAUAUCGAUUAUGUUUAUGUUAGCUUAUACACCUGUUAUUUUGUACACUCUCAUCGAAACCAGGAUAAUCUAGUAGUUUAUGGUUAUUUUUUUUUUUUUGUACUAUAUAGAUGUCCUCUACCAGAGUUUAAGCGAGCUUUAACAACCCAAAUUAUAAAAGACUUGAAGGAGACUGCCGUACUACAUUCGAAACCCAUUGAUCUGAGUAAGGACGUACCGAACGAACUGUUGCGGAAACCCGCAGCCACCGGAGAUGACUUGCCGCCUUUCUAUCCGUCAGUAGUCUGGGACGCUAUUUGGACGCUGACAAGUUGGUUGGACGAUGUAUGUGAUCUAUUAGCCUGGACUUCGGCUUAUAUACCGUCAGUGAAUUACGACCGUCUCAAAUCGGCCUUCAAGUUCGCCUGGCGUGUCAUCGUGGUUACUGCUUUGAUCGAUUUUGACACCGAUACCACAACAAUCAUAAUCGACUUCAUGGUACCGAUGUAUGAUGCAGAAGGACUACCAGACGCCGUGGCCACCGGACAUCCAAGGAGGUUAAUGUUUCUUUGCUGUACUCCAGUUCAAUACGCCAAGUUGGCAAAUAGUCAUACGAAUGUUCUGGUCCGAAACAAUGUUCCUUAA